GUCCUCCUCGUCGUCGUCGUCGUCGUCGUCAGCCGAGCCGGUGGUGGUGGUGGUGGUGGCGUUUAACCGAAGCCGCCUCCGCGUGUGUGCAGUGGAUCGCACCAGGCCGACGACGAGGGAGACCACCGAGCACAAGUAGCCAGAGUGGGGAGGAAGGGGGGAGGAACCGUCGUCUCGACUCGACUCGUCUGGUCUGCCUGCCCAGCCCACUCGCUUCCAAGCCGAGGGAGGAUCACAUUCACAUGCGCGCUCGCGGACGCACACCUACCUCCGCCACACCCUCCAAUUCCCACCCGGCAAUCCGCCCCGUCGCCGCCACCGCCACCGAGCCGCGCUCCUAACUCCCACCCACCCGCGCGCGCGCGCGCGUUAAGUGGCCGGCAACCUCCCUCCGAUCCGGUCCCUUGUGCGGGCGGCUUCGCCGAGGCAGGCUUACCCACCGCCGAAUCGGCGCGGAUCUCGGGGGCCCGGAUUGGCCGCCGGCGUCGCGGAGGGGCGUGAUCCGGCGAUCGGGAUGAGGGAGGGGCGAGGCGGGAGGCGAUGAGCGGAGCCGCGGCGCUGGGGCUGCGCAACGGGAGCAGCGGCUCCCUGGCCCUGGCCGCGGCCGCCGGCGGCAGGAAGGCGGGGCCCGCCAGGGGAUGGGGGUGGCGCGGCGGCGCCGGGGACAAGGAGCGCCUGCAGCUGCUGCACCGCGCGCUGCGCCUCGUCGGACGGCGCGGGGCGGGGCUGCUACUGCUGCUCGCCGUCGCCUCCGCCGCGCUCCUAUGCUCGCUCUUCGCCGUCGUCAAAGAUGACACCACUUCUUCAAUUAUCAUUGCUAGCAACUACGAGGUCACCAAAGCUAUCCAGAACUCUGCCUACCCCAGCACAGCAAGGCCUGUGGUGAUGUCCAAGGACCAGUACUCUGCUAGUGAUGUCAACACUAAUCAGCUUCAUCUUUCGUUUGAAAACUUGACAAAUCAUCCCUGUGAUGGUUUUGCUGUUCCUCCUACCCUGUUUGAUAAGAAACGCACCGGUCCUCGACCAUGCCCUGUUUGCUAUGUCUCGGUCGAUCAGGCAUUUGCUCUGAUGCCUCUACAAGCUUCGCCAUCUCCUGUCCUUGAAAACUUAAAUUACGUCUCAGAAGACAGUGGCACAGCAAAUUUCUCAAAUCAGGGAUCUGUAUUUGGAGGGCAUGUAUCUCUGGAUCAGAGAACUAAAUCUUUCGACAUUACCAGUUCGAUGAGUGUCAACUGUGGAUUUGUCAGAGGAAAGAAACCUGGCCAAGGUACCGGAUUCGACAUCAACGAUGACGAUCUCCUAGAAAUGGAGAAAUGUCGUGGGCUCGUCGUAGCUUCCGCCAUCUUUGGGAAUUAUGAUAUGAUUCAACAUCCAAGGAAUGUCAGUGAAUUGUCAAAGGCAAAUGCGUGUUUUUAUAUGUUUGUAGACGAAGAAACAAUGGCUUAUGUCAAGAAUUCUAGUUCACUGUACAAAGAUAAUGAGGUUGGCCUCUGGAGGCUAGUGGUCGUCCGAAACCUCCCUUAUGAAGAUCCCAGGCGUACGGGAAAGAUUCCCAAGCUUCUGCUCCAUAGGCUAUUUCCAAAUGUGAGAUUUUCAGUUUGGAUAGACGCAAAACUUCAGCUUGUUGUGGAUCCUUAUUUACUGCUUGAGAGGUUUCUGUGGAGAAAGAAUGCUUCUUUUGCGAUAUCUCGGCACUACAGUCGUUUUGAUGUGUUUGAAGAAGCAGAGGCUAAUAAAGCCGCUGGAAAGUAUGACAAUGCGUCAAUUGAUGAACAAAUAGAUUUUUACAGAAAUGAGGGCCUAACACAUUAUUCAACAGCCAAGCUUCCUAUCACUAGUGAUGUCCCUGAAGGCUGUGUGAUCAUCAGAGAACACGUCCCCAUCUCGAAUCUCUUCACAUGUCUUUGGUUCAAUGAAGUUGACCGUUUCACUGCCAGGGAUCAAAUUAGUUUCAGCACCGUCCGAGACAAAAUAAGGGCUAAAGUUGGGUGGAUGCCUCAGAUGUUCCUGGACUGUGAAAGACGCAACUUUGUUGUGCAGGCAUACCACAGGGAGCUACUAGAGCAAAUGAUUGCGUCCCGCAGGAACGCUCCUCCUGUUGAACCAUCGCGGAGACUUAAGCCAGGCAGCAGAAAAGCUCCCCCAUCGAAGAAGCCUCUUGUGAAGCGGAAAAAAGAGAAGAAACCUGGGCGAAGACGGGUGCCGAAGCCCGUGACCUGGGCGAUGGAUGCUGUGUGAUGGAGGCCCAUCAGGGCUCCCGGCACAGGAGUACGGCAGCUGAUGAUGCCAAUAUGGUGGAGAGGCUUGUAAUUCUUUUUGCGCCCACGGAAUUUGUUCAUAGUUAAUUCUUCAUUGUUAUUGUAAAUAACAGCGGAAAAGCAGUAUCAUUCAAAUGAGUUGGGAAAAUGUGCUGGCCUUCUUUUUC